AGCUCUACAAACUACUUGUUAUACACUUUUUAUGUUAUUAGUUGGUUGUUAACCUAAUAAGUAAGAAAAACACCACAAAAAUGGUGGCUGGCCAAAAAUCAACUUCACGGGAGCCUAAAUUUGAUUUAUCAAAAGUAUCGGCCCGUGUGGAUCGUGUAAAUGUUAGUGGUUUAUUGCGCACGCACAACGAUUAUGUAAUGAAAGCGGCCGAAAGCCUGUUCAAGGCUAAAAAUUUUCAAGAAUUAAUGGUGGAAUCUAUGCACGCCAAAUCCUAUUUACACGAAUUGGGCAUUUUCAAAGAUGUCAGCGUUCAUAUAGAUAUAAGUCGUGGUGAAAAUGCUUCCCCUAAUGGUUAUGAGGUUACUUUUAAAGGCAAAGAACUAUCACGUAUUGUGGGCUCGGUGGGCACUGAAGUGGGCCAAAAUGAAGGCUCUUUGCGUACGGAAUUGACGGUACCUAACUUGUUCGGUCGUGGUGAAAGUAUUUCAUUACAAGGUUCCUAUAGUAGUAAACGAGCGAAUGAUAUACAAUUGAAAUUUUGGAAAUCAUAUUUCCAUACACGUCUAGUGGAUAAUAGACCAGAAGUAUCCUUUUCAUUGUUCCGUCAUAUCGAUCGUAUGGAUGUUAGUAAUUUCAAAAAUACCAGUUUAGGCUGUUUAGCCGAAUUUGCCGUUAAUACCCUAAAGCCUAUAGAGUUAACCCACUCCCUACAAUAUGAGGCUUCGGUACGAGAAGUAUCUUUACUAAUGAAAAAUGUACCCAUGGCUAUACGCGAACAUUGUGGUCCUAAACUAGCUUCACUGCUGCGUUACUCGGUAAUCUUCGAUCAACGUGACAAUCCUGUUUUCCCUACGCAAGGCUUAAUGAUUAAAUCUAUCAAUGAAUAUUGUGGUUUGGGCGGUAAUGUGGCUUAUGUCAGUAAUAAUACACAUGCCGAGGUUAGUGUGCCUUUAUUUGGUGGCCUAGUGGCUCAAGUUUGCGGACGUGUGGGUAUUAUUAAGGAAACAAAACAAACCACAGUAUUGCCCAUCAAUAAUUUAUACUAUUGUGGAGGUCCUUUGACUUUAAGAGGUUUUAAAUAUGGUGGUGCGGGGCCGGUAGUAGAGGGUACACCAAUAGGAGCACAGACUUAUUGGUCAACGGGCUUCCAUUUAUGGGCACCUUUACCUUUUAAUAAAGUAUUUAAAGGUUUGGCUGAUAAUUUCCGUACACAUUUGUUUUAUAAUGUGGGAAAUUUCAAUACAUUUACCACGGAAAAUCUGCGUACAGCAGCUGGCAUUGGUGUGGCAUUUAAAUUGGCUGAACGUGCUCGUAUAGAAUUAAACUAUUGUGUACCUUUGCGUAAAUGUGCGGGUGAUAGAGUGGAAAAUGGUUUUCAAUUUGGUAUUGGAUAUGAAUUUGUUUAAGUGUAAUACUAUUUAUUCUAUUCUAAACAAAACAAAUUAGUUUAAAAUAUCUAUAUCCCCUAAAACAAACAAAAUAUAAAGGCUAUAUUUGACUUAAUUAAACAAUAAGGUUUUAUUAAACGAAAAUUCUAUAGAAAAAAAGGAAACUGAAAAAUCAAAUCCUAAUAAUAAGCAACAAGAAAUUUGUUAAAAAUUAUUAAAAAACAAUUGUAAAUGUUUAAAUUAUAUAAAAUAAAAUAAACUACAAAAUAUCGAUACUAACCAAAAGAACACAAA